GGAAACUGGAGGAAAGCAGUCAACAUCGGGAGACUGAAUCAAGUUUACAGUGCCUGUGGUAAUGAAGAGGGAUCGGAAUCACCUCCUUCCUACAUAGGAGGUAACGGAGGCCAGAAGGAACUGUGACAAAUCCACAGGGCUGUAAAAGGCAGUGUCCACGUGGAGGUGGAGCCCAGAUUUUCUGAGUCCAGUCAGAAGCUCCGACAAGCCUCUGCUGAGGUCCAGAAAACCCAAGAUGCAAGGCCAGCCUUCCAUGGAGCGUUCGCAGAAAUCCUGGAUUGAAGGUGUAUUCCACAAGAGAGAAUGUAACAAAUUCAUACCCAGUUCAAAAGACCCUCACAGAUGUACUCCAGGCUGCCAAGUCUGCCAGAAUUUAGUCAGGUGUUACUGUGGACGAUUGAGUCAAGACCAUGAUGGGAUAGGUUAUGCUUGGGCCCUCUCAGCUGCUGAAGGCAAUGGAAAUGAACAGUGGUCUGUUGAAAAGGACACAGUGGAAAGCCCUACAGAUGCCUUUGGCACCAUCAAUUUCCAACAUGGAGAACACAUCUACCAUUCCAAGUAUAUUAGAACUUCUUAUGACACAAAACCUGAGCAUCUGCUGCAUCUGAUGUUGAAUGAGUGGAACAUGGAGCUGCCUAAGCUUGUCAUCUCUGUCCAUGGGGGCCUCCAAAACUUCAAGAUGCCAUCCAGGCAAAAAGAGAUCUUUAGCCAAGGCCUGGUCAAAGCUGCAGAGACAACAGGAGCAUGGAUCAUAACAGAAGGCAUCAACUCAGGCGUGUCCAAGCAUGUUGGGGAUGCACUGAAAGCCCAUUCCUCUAAGACCUUGAGGAAAAUCUGGACAGUUGGAAUCCCUCCUUGGGGAGUCAUUGAGAACAAGAGAGAACUGAUUGGAAAAGAUGUGGUGUGUAUGUACCAGACUCUGGGUAACCCCCUCAGCAAGCUCACCACGCUCAAUGCCAUGCACUCACACUUCAUCCUGUGUGAUGAUGGGACAGUGGGCAAGUAUGAAAAUGAAAUGAAGCUCAGGAGGAGUCUGGAGAAGCAUCUGUCCCUGCAGAAGAUAAAUAGCUGUUCAGGACAAGGUGUGCCUGUGGUGAGGCUGGUGGUGGAAGGAGGCCCCAAUGCCAUCCUCUCUGUGUGGGAGACUGUCAGGAACAAAGACCCUGUGGUGGUGUGUGAUGGCACAGGCAGGGCGGCCGACCUCCUGGCCUUCACCCACAAGCACUUGGCAGAUGAAGGAAUGCUGCGACCUCAGGUGGAAGAGGAGAUCACCUGUCUGAUUCAGAACACGUUCAACUUUAGCCUCAAGCAGUCUAAGCACCUUUUCCAAAUUCUGAUGGAGUGUAUGGUGCACAGGGAUUCUAUUACCAUAUUUGAUGUGGAUUCUGAAGAGCAGCAAGACCUUGAUUUAGCAAUUCUAACAGCUUUGCUGAAGGGGACAAGCUUAUCAAUAUCAGAACAAUUAAAUCUGGCAAUGGCUUGGGACAGAAUGGACAUUGCCAAGAAACAUAUCCUAGUUUAUGGGCAACAUUGGAAGCCCAGUGUCCUGGAGCAAGCCAUGCUAGAUGCUUUAGUGAUGGAUCGGGUAGACUUCGUGAAGCUCUUAAUAGAAAAUGGAGUGAGCCUCCACCGCUUUCUCACCAUUCCCCGGCUGGAAGAGCUCUAUAAUACAAAACAAGGACCAACUAAUAUGUUCUUGCGUCACCUUGUCCAAGAUGUAAAACAGCAUACCCUUCUCUCAAGCUACAGCAUAACAUUGAUUGACAUCGGAUUGGUGAUAGAAUACCUCAUUGGUGGAGCAUAUCGCAGCAGCUACACUAGAAAAAGUUUCAGAGUCCUCUACAACAACCUCUACAGAAAGCAUAAGAGAGUGUCCAAUUCUGCUCCGAGUCUUUCCCAGUACCCACUUCACCAGAGAUAUUCCUUGGGAAAUAGAAAGGAGUCGACAGAAAGCACGCUGCAUUCCCAGUUCUUUAGGACUGCCCAGCCUUAUAAAUCUGAGCAGGACAGGUCUGGAAUCUCUCAUAAAUCAAAGAAGAAGUCAAAGGGAAGCCUGGCAGAGGACGCUGAGUGCACUGGUUUUACUUACCCGUACAAUGACCUGUUGGUUUGGGCUGUGCUGAUGAAGAGGCAGAAGAUGGCCAUGUUCUUCUGGCAGCAGGGAGAGGAGGCCACGGUUAAGGCUGUGAUCGCCUGUAUACUCUACCGAGCCAUGGCACGGGAAGCUAAGGAGUGUAUGGUGGACGAUACCUCAGAAGAACUGAAAAAUUACUCAAAGCAAUUUGGCCAGCUGGCCCUGGACGUGCUGGAGAAGGCGUUCAAGCAGAAUGAGCCAAUGGCUAUGAAGCUGCUGACCUAUGAACUCAAGAACUGGAGCAAUUCUACCUGCUUGAAACUGGCCGCAUCUGGAGGCCUGUGCCCCUUUGUGUCUCAUUCUUGUACCCAGAUGUUGCUGACAGACAUGUGGAUGGGGCGCCUGCAAAUGAGGAAAAAUUCCUGGCUGAAGAUCAUCCUGAGUAUUCUUUUACCACCCGCUAUUCUGACACUGGAAUUUAAGAGCAAAGCUGAGAUGUCCCAUGUUCCACAGUCCCAGGAUUUCCAGUUUACGUGGAAUUAUGGUGACCAGAGCAUCAACAGUGACAAAGAAAGUGCUUGUGUGAAAGACUGCGAUUUGGAAAGAGGCCCUGAUGAGAAACUGUAUGAGAGCCAGCAUCACGACUUAAAAUGUGGGCCCCAGAGCCUUCCCUGGACCAGGAGAGUUUAUGAGUUCUACAGUGCUCCCAUUGUCAAGUUUUGGUUUUACACGAUGGCAUACCUGGCAUUCCUCAUGCUGUUCACUUACACAGUGUUGGUGGAGAUGCAGCCGCAGCCGAGCGUGCAAGAGUGGCUUGUUAUUAUCUACAUCUUCACCAAUGCCCUUGAGAAGGCCAGGGAGAUCUGUAUUUCAGAACCUGGGAAGUUUACUCAGAAGGUGAAGGUGUGGAUGAGUGAGUACUGGAACCUAACAGAAACUGUGGCUAUUGGCCUGUUUUCAGUUGGCUUUGGCCUGAGGUGGGGCCACCCUCCUCUGCAAACAGCAGGGAGACUCAUCUAUUGCAUAGACAUCAUAUUCUGGUUCUCCCGGCUCAUGGACUUCUUUGCCGUGAAUCAACAUGCAGGACCAUACGUGACCAUGAUUGCAAAAAUGGCAGCAAACAUGUUCUACAUCGUGAUCAUGAUGGCAAUUGUCCUGCUGAGCUUUGGUGUGGCACGCAAAGCCAUCCUGUCACCAAAUGAGCCUCCGUCUUGGAGCCUGGCCCGAGAUAUUGUAUUUGAGCCGUACUGGAUGAUGUAUGGAGAAGUCUACGCUUCACAGAUAGAUGUUUGUUCAAAUAACAGGGCUUGCCCUCCAGGCUCUUUUCUUACUCCUUUCCUGCAAGCAGUCUACCUCUUUGUCCAAUAUAUCAUCAUGGUGAACCUACUGAUUGCUUUCUUCAACAACGUUUACUUAGAUAUAAAAUCCAUUUCAAAUAAGCUGUGGAAAUAUAAUCGCUAUCGCUACAUCAUGACCUACCACGAGAAGCCCUGGCUACCCCCGCCCUUCAUCCUGCUGAGUCACCUGUGCUUGCUGCUCCGAGGGAUGUGCUGCUAUCGAGCCCCACGGGACCAGGAAGUGGGUGACAUGGGGCUAAAACUAUACCUAAGCACAGAGGACUUGAAAAAACUUCAUGAUUUUGAAGAGCAGUGUGUGGAAAAGUAUUUCCACGAGAAGAUGGAACAUUUGGAUUGUAGUUCUGAGGAACGAAUCCGAGUGACAUCAGAAAGGGUUACAGAGAUGUACUUCCAACUGAAAGAAAUGAACGAAAAGGUGUCUUUCAUAAAGGACUCGCUACUGUCCUUGGACAGCCAGGUGGGGCAUCUGCAGGAUCUGUCUGCCCUGACUGUGGACACCCUGAAGGUCCUUUCUGCAGUUGACACUUUACAAGAGGACGAGGACUUGCUGAGCAACAGAAAGCAUUCUCCUUGCCGAAAACUGCCCCACAGCUGGACCAACUUCCUCUGUGCAAAUGUUCUGGGCACUGUGGAGAUCUCUAGAGGGAAGAAAUUUCAGUACUAUAGCAUGCCCCCAUCUUUGUUGCGAAGCCUAGCUAGAAGCCAGCUAUCCCUGAGAGUGCAGAGGGGGCCUCUUUUGGAGACUUCACACAGUAAGAGAGUGGUUUCACAUGUAGGAGACCAGGAGGAGCAAGAAAUGGAAACAAGUAUACUUGCUCCUGGAGUGUCCCAUCUCAGACCAGUACCCUCUAAGUAUGGCCAGUUUCUCCAGGUCCCUUCUUACAGAAGGCAAGAUCCUUUGUCUGCAGAAACUGUCUUGUCUCUCUCUAGACCACCUGGCAAUGCAGGUAUGGUUGUGCUGGAAACUGAACAUGUCCCCCCGAGUGAGGACCCUGCUAAUGAGCCUGGGAAGACCCCUGUUGCUGCUGACCAGGCAUUGGUGGCUGAACCCAAAGAGCAGCAUGAGCUGGUUGCACAAGAAUCAGAAAAACCUGGCCAGGCUGAGCCAGUUCCGCUCACUUUGAGUUGUGCACUUGCACCCAUGACAAUGACCUCUUUUCCUUCUCAAGCCAAGAGUAUGCAAAGUCAAGGUGGCUAUGUGAACUGGGCAUUUUCAGAAGGUGAUGAGACUGGUGUGUUUAGUUUUGAGAAGAAAUGGCAAACCUGCUUGCCCUGUGCUCACAAUGAUGACUCCAUUCAGGGAGGACAAUGCCCAGUGCAGAUCCGAAGGAGGUCUCUAUCCGAUAACUCCAGAAGAUCCAGCCAGAGCAGUGACUGCUCCAUGGUGGUGCGACCAUGGCCAAGUCGUUCUUUAUGGAUCAAUCCUCUUCACAGAGACAUGUCCCUCAUUAGGAAUCAUAGUUUUAGGUUUCACAAGGAGGAGAAACGAAUGAAGACCUCUAAGACUAAAGGUCAUUCAAGAUGCUCAGAGAUAGGGUCUGCAUGGAUCAAAGCAAAACUACUAGCCAAAGAUGGGAGGCUCUCGAAAAAGAAGAAGAAAACUCACGGACUACAGGUGCCAGUCAUAACAGUCAAUGCCUGCUGUCAAAAUGAUCAACUGACUUCAGAGUCAGGAGAAAAUCACAUAUCUGAAGAGGAGUGCAGCAAGAAUUGGCUCUCGGUGUCCAAGUUCAGCCAGAUAAGUCUAGAACCUUAUAUAUAUCAGAAAAUGAAAAUGAAAGAAGUUGAGCAACAUGUGAUACAAGACAGUGAUUACUUAAAGCAGUAUCAAGAGGACUCGGAUGAGGACUCUUUAUGGAGUUCUAGGAGCACCUGUCUCAAAAGGGAUUUCCUGGUGAAAAGCUCAAAUGGAGUUGACAAGAUCUCAGCCUCUUUUAAAAGCUCUCAAGAGCCUCACCAUCAUUAUUCAGCCAUUGAAAGGAACAAUUUAAUGAGGCUUUCUCAGACCAUACCAUUUACACCAGUCCAGCUGUUUGCAGGGGAAGAAGUGACAAUCUACAAGCUAGAAGAGAGUUCCCCUCUGACUCCUGAUAAAAGUAUGUCCUCUUGGUCCCAAUACGGGAGGGCUGCGAUGAUCCAGGUGUUGUCUCAAGAGGAGAUGGGCGGAGGCCUCCGCAGAGCCAUGCGAGUCAUCAGCACAUGGUCCGAGGACGACGUUCUCAAACCAGGACAGGUUUUCAUUGUGAAGUCCUUCCUCCCUGAGGUUGUGCAGACAUGGCAUAAAAUCUUCCAGGAGAGCACAGUGCUUCAUCUUUGUCUGAGAGAAAUUCAACAGCAGAGAGCUGCUCAAAAACUAAUUUAUACCUUCAACCAAGUGAAACCACCAACCAUCCCCUAUACCCCAAGGUUUCUGGAAGUUUUCUUAAUCUACUGUCAUUCAGCCAACCAAUGGUUGACUAUUGAGAAGUACAUGACAGGGGAGUUCCAGAAGUACAACAACAACAAUGGAGAUGAAAUUACCCCCCAGAACACCCUGGAGGAGCUCAUGUUGGCCUUCUCUCACUGGACCUAUGAGUAUACUCGAGGAGAGCUGCUGGUUUUAGAUUUGCAAGGUGUUGGAGAAAACUUGACAGAUCCAUCUGUUAUAAAACCUGAAGACACACAAUCAAGAGGAAUGGUGUUUGGACCAGCCAAUUUAGGGGAAGAUGCAAUUAGAAGCUUCAUUGCAAAACAUCGUUGCAACUCUUGCUGCCGGAAGCUCAAACUCCCGGAUCUAAAGAGAAAUGACUAUUCUCCGACAAGGACAAAUUCUACCUUUGGACUUCAGGAAAAAGGAGAAGCAGCUGAGGAACUUCCAGCAAAUGAAAGGAAUUUAAGUUCCUCAGAUGAUCACACACGGCUGUAAAAGGACAUUGGACUUGGCCCCUUUUGCUGUGAGACCUAUUGUGACUUCAACUGAUGCACAUAACACUGAUUAUGUCAGAAUCUUUGUCAGGGUGACCUUACACCGAGGGUUUCCUUGGGAGCUGCCCUCUGAGCCAUGUACCCCCCCCCCCCCACCGCCCAAAGGUCUCAAUCUGAUGGAAGGUCCUGUAGAUACGAACUUAUGAGUAGGACGUUCGGCACACAUUCUCAUCCUCAAGUUCCACAUGAAGACACUAAGAUGAGCCAGCUGGGAAUACUGUUCCUUCAUACCUCAUUGCCUUAGCUGGUCGCUUGGAACCGUUGGAGCAGAAUGCUGUGCACUAAAGAACCAGGGGAUGAAUUAAUUUAUUUUCUCACUGUGUCUGCCCACUCUACCCCCUACUGCUAUUCAUCACCUCACCCACAGAUUGUACUUAGAUAUAUGCACAUUAAGAAGCCAUUUGACUUCCUCCUCUCUCCUAUCUGGUCACAUAAGGUUUAAAUAGCAAUAGCAGGAAAAACACCAGAAUGAGUGUGUUGGCUGAUGUGAGAGCACACUCCUGCACCAAGUAGCCACAAGAAACUUGUGCCCUGAUGAAUAUUGUUAGCAAAUCAUAGGAUGCUUGGGCCCUUUAAGGCUUCUCUGAAAGUGAGAAAAGAAGAAAGCUAAAGCAAAUUUUGUUAUACCUACUUUAUUUCUUAAUAAAGGGACAAGGAUAUGUCAAACUAGAAAUAUUAAGAGAGGAUUUUCCUUCCCUUUAGUGUAGGAACACUAAGCGUUAGAGAGCUCUCAGGGAUCACUUUGUACCUCCACUCCCUUUCCAGUCCGUGUUUAUCAUACCACCCUUUAACUUACCCUGAGUCUGGUCGUAGGAGGCCUGAGUGGCCAUCAGGUGUUUGCUUCCUUUGAUAGCUUAGGUCUGGCUUAAACACAUUGACAGCUUCUGAGGCUUGAGGUGAAAAAUCCCUGGAAGAUACCACAUGUGACAUGUGUACAAGGUAGGGCAGGCAGUCCAUGACCUCUUCACACCACUGGAGAUGAGACCAGGGACCCUUUGCCCUCUACUCUGCAUCUUCUCUUACUAAGCACUCCAGUUUGCUAGCAGCAAACCUCCCAGGCCCAAAAAUUUUUAGUUUAUUUUUAAUUUUUUUUUCAGUGCUGGGGAUUGUACCCAGGGCCUUAAGUUUGCUAGGCAAGUGCUCUACCACUGAGCAACAUCCUCAGCCCAUUUCUUUAUCAUUAGUUCUUAGAUUAGGUCACCUGCUUCUCAGUGUGUUUUAGAAAUCUGUACUUCUGUAUCCUUAGGCUAUACUUCAGGGGCCAUAUUGAAUAGUGAGGUGGAAAG